AUGACUCCUCGACUUCACCAGCGUCCCCCUUUCCGUGCAGAGCACUUGGGCUCUCUUUUGCGUCCAGACCAGCUUCUGGAAACUAAGUUCUCUUUCGAGGCUGGCAAGAUCCCCAAGUCGCAACUGACCGCUCGUGAGGACAAGGAGAUAAAGGCCAUCGUUGAGACCCAGAAGAAGCUUGGUUAUGCCGCUAUUACUGACGGCGAGUACCGUCGUCACAUGUUCUGGGGUACAUUCUUUCCCGGUUUGGACGGCUUCGAAGAGAUCACUAAUGUCGAUAUGGAUGACUUCCGUCCGUAUGCCCCGGAUAUCGCCGCAUUUUUGGAUGCCGGUCACAAGGCCGGUGAGAGCGUUAAAUGUACCGGCAAGAUCAAGCAUGUUGGUAGCACCUACGUCGACCAGUUCGAGUACCUUGCCAGCCAAGUCCCUGCCAAUGAGGUCGGAAACCUGAAGAUCACUCUUGCCGCGCCUAACUGGUACCACUUGCGCUACCGUGAGGGCAAGGCUUACCCCAAGUCUGUAUACGCCAACGACGAGGACUACUUCGGCGACAUCGCCAAGGCCUACCAAGCCGAGCUUCAGAUCCUGUAUAAAGCCGGCUGCCGUAAUGUCCAAUUCGACGACCCCAACCUGGCUUGUAAGAUGUACCCAUCCAGCGAAUAUCGAUCGAUUAAACUAACCUGUCACUCAGACUUCUGCUCUGAUAAGUUCCUUACUGGGUUCAAGGAGGAUCCUCUGAACGUGUACUCCGCCGAUACCAUGUUCGAGAAGUAUAUCAAGCUGUACAACGACUGCUUCGCGAACCUGCGGGCAGAUAUGCACGUCGGUGUACACCUAUGCCGCGGUAACUUUGUCGGCAGUCGCCACUUCUCCGAGGGCGGCUACGACCGUAUUGCAAUCAAGCUCUUUCAGGAGCUGAACGUCCACAGCUAUUACCUCGAGUACGACACCCCCCGCGCCGGUGGUUUCGAGCCCCUCAAGUUCCUACCCAACCAUAAGAACGUCAUUCUGGGUGUUGUCACUAGCAAGUCCGCCAAGCUGGAGGAUAAGGAGGAGAUGAAGAAGCGGGUCAUUGAUGCUGCUAGGUUCAUCGCUGAGGGUAAAAACAUCUCCCUCGGUGCUGCCCUUAACCAGGUCGGUGUUAGCCCACAGUGUGGUUUUGCUUCCCAUCGUGAGGGUAACGCUAUCGACUGGGAUGGUAUGAUCAACAAACUGCAACUGGUCUAUGAUAUUGCCAACGAUAUCUGGCCUAACCAGGCUUAA